ACAACAUGUGACUUUGGUUCUUGUCUCUGUCUCAGUCCUCUCUCAACAAAAGCACUUUUCCUUUUCCCUCACAAAACUAAACAAAACAAAAACAUCAUAAUUUUCUCACUCUUCUUCUUCUUAUCAUCAUCAUGGCUUUCUCUACUUCUCUCAAUCUCAAUCUCAUUCUAACCAUUCUACUAUCUCUCACUCUCUUCACCAUCAUCAACACUCACGUUGAAGCACAGAUCGAAGAGACAACAACCUUGAACCUUAGUUCAGAUGUUCUAGAAUGGCCGACAACAAUGCAAUCACUUUACAAUGAAGAAGACAUGGACAGUGAUGAUUUCAGUCGAAGAUCUUUGUUCUGGAGUAGAGUAAAAUACUAUAUCUCGUACGGUGCUCUUGCGGCUAACAGAAUCCCUUGUCCUCCUCGUUCUGGUAGAUCUUAUUAUACUCACAAGUGUUAUGAAGCUAGAGGACCUGUCCAUCCUUAUACUAGAGGCUGUUCUGCUAUCACGAGAUGCAGGAGAUGAAAAUGAAAUCAUGAGGUUUUGUUUUUUUUAUUCUAUUCUCAGAUCGAGAAUUAAUUGAAAUUUUAAGUUAGGUGAAGUUUGUGUUAGCUUAUUGUUAAGUUGAUUAAAGUGUUAUUAGCUGUGCUUAAUUUGGGUUAGCAGCAUAUUGUGUACUAUGUGUUUGAACUUUGAACACUGAGUGGAUUUCAAACUGUGGUUUAUUUUUGUGUAUGAUGGGUUCUUCCGAAGAAAUGGAUGUGUUUGUAUUUUGUGUUUAGUUCAUGGCAACUCGUUUAUAUGUUUGUAUAAACCAAAAAUUGUAAUGACUUUAAUUAUUGCCUAAGUUAGUUAUAUCCACCAUUUAUUUAUUA